AGAGAGCCGCGGCGCGUCAUCCGAGAGGCGUGGCUCUGGCUAGCUGCUCUGUGCUGUCUUGGCGGCAAGGAGUGCAGUUUGUGAAGUCGCUGCUGGAGAAGGGUAUGGCGGAACAGGGAGCCGGCGGGGAUUGGCCCGGGAAUGAGGACGAAGGAGCCAGCGGAGGGGUUCCGGGAGGAGAUGGCCGGAGGGGGAGCAGCGCAGGGGUAUCAACAGAACAGAUCAUGCAGACUGGCAGUGUCCUACUGCACGGGUUCAUAGUGGAUCGUGUGCACCGCAGUUCUCCGGAUACUGCAGGAGUUCCAGAGCUGGGCGGAACGGAACAGCUGCAGGGGAAUCCUUCCACAAAAAGACUUUGUGAAUGCCUCCGAAAAAUAGGAGACGAGUUGGACGGGAACAUGGAGCUGCAAAGGAUGAUUGAACAGGUCCAUGGCAACCCUCCUAAGGAAGUCUUCUUACAAGUAGCUACUGAAAUGUUUGCAGAUGGCAACUUCAACUGGGGACGUGUGGUAGCCCUCUUUUAUUUUGCCUGCAAGCUGGUUCUUAAAGCACUGUAUUCACAUGUUCCACAAAUGAUCCGCACAAUCAUAGACUGGACUUUGGAGUACCUUAGAGACCAUGUGGUCCAGUGGAUACGGGAUCAAGGAGGAUGGGAGGGACUUCUGUCUUACUUUGGCACUCCUACCUGGCAAACCGUCGGGGUCUUCCUAGCUGGUGUUCUCACUGCCACUGUUGCCAUCUGGAGAUAUUCUUAAGACUUCUUUUGCCUUCCUAAAGCUUUCUUAAGCUUGUAUUUUACAUCCGGAAGCACAAACUGAAACCCCGGUAAACUCCAGCAUUGACCAGAGCUUAAUAGCGAGAGCUUCCAUCAGGGACUUCACCAACCACACUCCACGAGAACAGCUCUAGCGUGGCCACUGGCACCAGUUGCGGGAUCAUUUUUACUCCUUUUUUUUUUUUCCCCUUUUUUUUCUUUUUUUUUUUUUUAUUACAUUAAAACGUGCCUUUUUUUAAUAGCUGAAAUGGUUUUUAAUACGCCUUGUUUCAUUUAAUACUUGAAUUUGUGCCCUUACCUUUCCGCAUCUUUUAAACAUAGAAAAAAAGGUAUCGUCAGAGGGGAAGGACAGUAGGUAAUGAAUGUGCGUCCAUCCUGCUCCACGUCCCGGGUUUGCUGGAUUAGUCUGGGUUUUUGCUGAGUUUGCACCUAUAAAAGGAUAAAUUCCGUUAUUUAAGAAAAGGGAAAAUGGUUACCGCUUCAGCUAUGUACAAAGCAGCAUUGCAUGUCGAUAUCCGUAAAUGCAAUAUGUCGUGAUUACAUGGCUGUCUACAAAUGUGAAUCUAACUGGCCAAAGUCUCAUAGAUGUUGAUACCAGGUUGUAUGAUGAAAUGGCUUUUUUUCCCAUGUAUGUCCUGACAGCUAUGUAUUUUUAAUAAACCACCAUGUUGGAAUCCAUCAAGAAAGCAUUUUACAUUUGGCUUUAAAGAAUUUUAUUGAAAGUGUAGAAUUUGUCUGCAUGGCAGACACCACUAACCCCCAUCAUUCUGUUGCUAGAGCAGUGUUUCCCCAACCAGGGUGUCUCCAGCUGUUGCAAAACUACAACUUCCAGCAUGCCUUGACUGUCUAGGGAUUAUGAGAGUUGUAGUUGUGCAACAGCACUGUGCUACAUCAGAUCCUGGGAUUGUUGCGUGUUACAGAAAGAUGAAUUAAAAAGCAUAUUUAUAGAAGACGCACUCUUCAAUGCGGUCACUAUAGAGUAUCUCCAUUAGAAGGCUGAUCCUUGGCUAUGUUGCAGUGCCACUAUAGCAAGCACUAGCUGUUCAUAGAGCCUUAUAUAGGGGAUGUCCCCUAUUGUAACGUCAAUGCACUUGGCAUA